AUGAUCCCUGCUCUCCGUUCCCAGCUCCCCCGCGGCAUCUUCACCGGUGUCCGCUCCCUGGUCGCCGCCCGUGCCUACUCUUCCACCGCCCAGCUUGAUGCCAGCAAGCUCCAGGUCCAUCUCACUGAUACCCCCAAGCCCAAGCUGCCCAACGACCAGCUCAUCUUCGGCCGCACCUUCUCCGACCACAUGCUGGAGAUCGACUGGUCCGCUUCCAGCGGCUGGGAGGCCCCCACCAUCUCCCCCUACCACAAGCUCAGCCUGGACCCCUCUUCCAUGUGCCUGCACUACGCUUCCCAGCCAGCCCCUCCCGUCCCGCACACACCUCCUGGCCCCCUCUUGCGACGCAUCUCGCUCCGGACCUGGGCUCCCAUGGAGAAGUUCUCCCGCUUCACGGACCCCGGCACGGGUGUCAACCCGUUCAUCCGCUCGGCUGCCCCUCGCACCGGCAACACGAAUCCCGCGCUGCACCUGCUGGCCGGCCUGCUGGGCCUGGUCCUGUCGGCUUCUCGGCUGACCGCGCUCAGCGUGCCGGCCGGCCUCGUCGCCUUGCGCACGGCGCUCGCGAGCGCAUGUGGCACCGCAGACCUUGAGCUCAUCACUCCCCCUCUUGACGGCACCAUUCUCCCCGGUGUCACCCGCGACUCCAUCCUCUCGCUUGCCCGCGAGUGGAACGAGUUCAAGGUCUCCGAGCGCCCCUUCACCAUGCCCCAGGUGGCCCAGGCCGCCAAGGAGGGCCGCAUCGUCGAGAUGUUCGGCGCCGGCACCGCCGCCAUUGUCUCCCCCAUCAAGUGCAUCCACUUCAAGGGCGAGGACAUCAACAUCCCCCUGGACCCGUCUGACCCGACCUCCGAGGCUGGCAAGCUCACUCGCCGCAUCUCCGACACCAUCAUGGGGAUCCAGUACGGUGAGAUCGAGUCCGAGUGGUCCGUCGUCUGCGAGUAA